AGAGGGGGAAGGGGGUCUCGAUUCCAUUCUCGCAGCUCGUGGUUUUUGUUGCCUGGUUUCGACGUCCCGAUUGAUUUCCUCUCUUUCCGUUAAUUGCAUCCCCUUCCUUUUCGAAAAUCCGUCUCUCGCGACGCUUGUGAAUUUCGGCAACUCAGGGACUAGCAAAGGUAAUUCGUUGCACAGGUGGAGGGAGGUUCUGGUGUGCGAAGCUCGAAUGCGAUGGAGGGUGGGCUUGAUUCUUCGUGGUGUGUCUCUUGGAAGCGAUGUUGGUGUUUGGCGAUCUGUUUAUUGAUAUUGAUUUGCGUAUGAAGGACCACAUGUGGAGCUUCAGGCUCCUACCUGCAGGGUCAAGAAGAGCUGAUGUGAAAGAAUGAUUACCCAAGAAAAACAAACCUGUAUCAAAGUUUGGCUGCGUUAUGAACUGGACUGCUGGAAUUGGAAGAAGAAGCAGGGUGUGUGCCUGAAUGAUGAUGUUAGAAGUCAAGCAAGUGCUAGCUCAUAUCUGAUUAGACUGGACUGUGGCAUCAGGAAUCAAAUGCUAUUAGAAUAGCUUCCUGUGAUAUAUAUACAUAUUAAUAAUAUUUGUACAUAAAAAACACUAGUCGGUAUAAUUAAUCAUCAUCACACUACGCAGCGUAAUGCCCAAGAUUGCGGAGAUCUGGGGGAAAGGAUACAGGAUUCUAGAGGAUCAGCAUUGAACCAGUUGGAUUUGAGUUUAGGAGGAAGACAUUGUCGGCGCCAUGAACUUGCAUGAGGCUAGGGCCGCUGUUGUCGCAAUAGGUUCAGAGGCCUCUAUUCACGGAUGGGCUGUCUUGAUAGCUGGAGUGUUUGUCCUAUUUUCCCUUUCACUCUCAUCAUUUCUCCUCUUCGAUCAUCUGUCGGCUUACAAUGAUCCAGAGGAGCAAAAAUGGAUAAUUGGCAUCAUAUUCAUGGUUCCAGUCUACGGAAUAACUGCAUUCAUAUCACUUUGGAAGCCGAGUCUUUCGCUGCAAUCCAGCAUUCUGGGCAACAUGUACGAGGCUUAUGCGCUUUACUCUUUUGGAUGCUACUUGAUAGCAUGCUUAGGUGGGGAGGAUACAGUGAUACGAAAAUUAGACAGACAGGGGCUGAUGGGACCGAGUACACCAUUGUUGGAACAUAGUGCAGGAAUCAGAGCUUUGGUGCAGCAUCCCGCUCCUUUGAAGUGGUGUAUGGAUCCGUGGGAAUUAGGGCGUCCUUUUUAUAACGCCGCGAAGUUUGGCAUAGUACAGUAUAUGAUAUUGAAAACAGCUUGUGCCUUGGUAGCACUACUAUUGGACCUCGUUAACCUAUAUGGUGAUGGGGAGUUCACAUGGUACAAUGGGUACCCCUACAUAACGGUGGUUCUUAACUUCAGUCAAACAUGGGCACUUUAUUGUUUAGUACAAUUCUACUACGUCACCCACGAAGAGCUGCGGGAUAUCAAGCCAUUGUCCAAAUUUGUGUGUUUUAAAUCUAUUGUUUUUGCUACCUGGUGGCAAGGGGUUUUGCUAGCUUUUAUCUUCUCAUUACCUUUGGCGAAUUCGUGGGGCAAUAUUCAAACUAGCCUUCAGGAUUUUAUAAUUUGUAUCGAGAUGGCGGUUGCAGCUGUAGCUCAUUUAUACAUAUUUCCUGCAACACCGUAUCAUGAUCUGGAAGGUGGAAAGGACCGCAGUGUGAAAGUACUUGCUGAUUAUGCAGCGUUUGAUUCUCCUCUUGAUCCGGAGGAAGUCAGAGAGAGCGAGCGACCAUCUAUGGUUAAGUUCUUCGGUGUAGAUGUAGAGAAGGGAGGCACCAGUGUCAAAGAGAGUGUCCAUGACGUGCUUGUAGUUGGCGGAAACCAUGUGGUGCAUGAUAUGAAGGUAACCAUGUCUCAAGCAGUGGAACCCGUAGAGAAGGGUUUCACGAGGAUAAAUGAGACUAUCCAAUUUUGGGGUGGGAAGCUAGAGGAGAAAAAAGUCCGAGUGACCAAGGAUGAUACCUGGGUGGCCUCUCAGACAACUUCGUACUCUGAAGAUGUGAGAGGAUAUGAUGACCCUCUGUUAACAGGAAGCGUUAGUGACAGUGGGUUCUGGCGAGCAAGGAGGUCAAACUAUGGUAGUGCUGAGAGUAGUGGCGGAGAGAACAGUGAUUCUGGAUUUGGGGGUUUUAAAACAAGUGGCAAGCGCUGGACUAUAAGAAGGUGACACCUGUGGAGCGCGAACAUAGUUAGUUGUGUCUUCCUUUACCUUGCUGCUAUUGUUAUUUAGAGUAUUAGAGUUCGAAUUCUAGUAAGAAAUUGGCCUCAUUAGCAAUUAACUUGUGAGCAAAAUUGAGGUUGAGGGGCUCUAAUCCGAUCCCCUUGUACAUUAUCAAUAAUGUCUGGGACCGUGAGUGUGGCAUCCACCUUGCUAUUCAGAAUCGAUAUUCGAUGUUUGAUUUGGGAGCCUUCAAUCACUGUCACUGACAUGUUAAGAAUGGUAUUAACAUUUUUUUCCUUGUUGAUUUUGUGGAUAUCUCCACUUCAA